AUGGGAACUGCGGUGUCCAGGAGAAGGAAUCUGAGGAGUGAUGCCAUAUCUUCCGUCACCUCAAAAGUUCGGGCUGCCAGAGCAUAUGGAGAAUACCUGUCCAAUACUAAUCAAGAGAACCACAAAAAAGCAGAUCAUCUAUUGUCUGACACUUUUCCCAGCCAGGACUGCAACUCUCCAGAUGUCAGCCACUUGCAUGACAACAAUCUGAGACCACAGAGCCACUGCAUACCCAUAGCUAAAAUCAGCCAGCCCAGUCAAUCCAAUCCCAGUGCUUAUCCUCAGUCUCAGCCUCAGUUCAAUAGCCUUCAGGCUCAAACACCUUUGGGACCCUCCAGACACCGACUCUUUGCUGAGUGCAGCCUUUCCACAGAAGACCACCCAGAUGACAGUGGCCCAGAGGGGAGCGUGGCAGUGAAUCCGGCCAGGGUGUACACAAUUACUCGGGAAGGAGGGAUGACCUUGGGGGGGCGUAGCAGUGAGAAGAGCCUGGAGCUGGAGGUGUUGAAGAGCUCUAGGGCGCACCCUUUGUCUCAGGCCCCUGCCUCUGCCAACCUCAACCCGUCCUGCACCAGCCAGCUGUCCGCCACAGCCUCCCACGGUAGCCAUCACCAUAGUAGCCAUCACCACAGCAACCAUCAUCACGCCAACCAACAAUACAGAGGCCCGCCAUGGUCACCACAGCCACUGCAGAGCUCAGGGAGUGCUAACAACAUCCGGGACUGGGAGAUGAGGAGAGGGGAAUUGCGAGAUGUCUACACCACAGACUGUGUUGCCUGCAUUCGGGCUCCAUGUCAAAGCCAGCGCUCUCUUGACCUGGAUAACUCACCGCAGGCAGCAGAGAAACACCAGAAGAAACUACAGAGGACGUACAGCGAGGACAGAGCAUCAGCUGAUGAAAAGGAGGACAGUCCUAAUAGCUGGUUCCCCAAAGAGAAUAUGUUCAGCUUUCAAACAGCCACCACCACCAUGCAGGCAAUAUCGGCUUUCCGAGGCAUUGCUGAAAGAAAGAGGCGAAAAAGAGAGCAGGAGGCUGCCACCAUGAUUGAGAGAAAUUUCCGCAAACACCUUAGAGUGGUGGGCAGCCGCAGGAUGAAGGUCCAGACCUUUGUCGACCGCCGCACCAAGAGCUUCAGCCGUUCGUGGAGUGACCCUACCCCCGUCAACCCUGACUCGCUGCAUGACUCCAGAAACAGUGGCGAGCUUCAGACGUCCUCAGGGACACUAGUUGAAGGGCUGGAUGAGGAUGCUGAGUGGGAGGAGGAGAGGGAGAUGGAGAGAGUGGCCUGUGAUGGAGAGGAUUUCAUCCCACCUAAAAUCCUGCUGAUAUCCUCCAAAGUCCCAAAGGCUGAAUAUGUUCCCAACAUCAUUCGUCGGGAUGACCCCUCCAUCAUCCCCAUUCUUUUAUAUGAUCACGAACAUGCCACAUUUGAUGACAUCCUUGAGGAGAUAGAGAAGAAGCUGACUGCCUACAGAAAAGGCUGUAAAAUCUGGAACAUGCUCAUUUUCUGCCAGGGAGGUCCAGGACAUCUGUACCUGCUGAAGAAUAAAGUCGCAACCUUUGCAAAAGUGGAGAAGGAAGAAGACAUGAUCCAGUUCUGGCGACGACUCAGCUGGCUGAUGACCAAGCUGAACCCGAAGCCCAACCUCAUACACAUCAUGGGCUGCUAUGUGCUGGGGAGCACUAAUGGAGAAAAGCUGAUUCAGAUUCUGAAGAGGCUGAUGAGACACUCCUUGGUUGAAUUCAAGUCCCCACUUGAGCUGUCUGCAGAGGGCAAAGAGAUGAUCGAGAUGUACUUUGACUUCCGCCUGUUCCGCCUUUGGAAAAGCCGCCAGCACUCGAAGCUGCUGGAUUACAAGGAUCUCUUGUGA